GCAUAUAUUUGGUUCAACUUUAGCGCGCUUUCUCCUCCUCCAACGCCAACACUUUUGCCCUACUCUGCUCUCUUUCUCCGGCGGAAUCGACAUGUCGUCGAAGCUGGAAACGACAACAAGUGAUUACUUGAAGGUAGCUCUUCAAUCGCGAGGGACCAUUUGCUGAGGGCUAUACACUUCCAGUGACCGUUGCGGUUUAUAUUAACUCCAGAACAAAGUACUACACUUACAGGUUUAUAUUAACUCCAGAACAUAAGAGUGAGUUGCUGCAUUAUUAGCUGUUUCAAACAGUAUUUAAAUUGCUAGACCCCAACGUUAAUCUGAACCUGGGGCAUAAAGAUGAAUUCCAGUGAGAAUAUGGAGUCCAAUGUUUAUUUUCACAUAAAAGAUGAGGCAGAAAUGUUGCUUAAAGAGAUUGAACUGAUGAUGAAGAAUGUUGAGAACUCUGAAAUGUAUGCUGGAAUGCGCUUCGAUCUCGAACAGAGUAAAACUUUUCAACAACAUCUGUUUCGCCUUUUAGUCUCCCAUUCACAUGUCCAGGUGGUAAUCUAUGCUUUGGGAAGCAUGGAAUACAGUUUUCAUUCGCAGUUUCAGCUUGCCGUAGUUCUCCUACUAAAACGAGCUCUUCCCAAUUGGAUUGGCAAUAUAGAAGUAUAUGAUCCUUUAUUGUCUCCAGCUGAUAUGAUAGUUUUGACGAAACUGGGAUUUGAGGUUUUGACCAUUGAUGAAAAUUGUAGGAGGCAAGUUCGGAGACCAACAAUGUUCUACAUGCCUGUUCCUAAUUAUAAUCUUCUUGGCAACCUGCUGGGAGCAAACUGGUCUUUGUCUUGUAUCAACCAGAUAUUUCUACUGACAAACUCAUUUCGCCAUUCAUUGACCAGUAUUUCACCAUGUAGUUUGUAUGGAGAAACAGUGCAACGUCUAGAGAGAAUUCUCCCCUUCACAACAGAGAUUGACAUAAAAACUAGCUACAAGCAGAUCUAUACUAAUGUCUUCUCAAGAUUUGCUUGUCAUUUCUUUGAUGUGGAUCCUAACAUUGACAUGGAAACUUCACUGCCUGUGACUAAGAUUACAGGAUAUAUAAAGGAUGGUGGACAGCGACCUUGGUUGGAUUGGCAAAGGUAUUUUGAAGAAGCAUUUUUGGAAUAUAUGCGAAGUGAUAUGACUAGUGAGGAAUUUGCGCAAAUUCUUGGUGAAUAUCGUGGGCCUCGUUGUUUAAGAUGCAACUCGGUUCCUCCUCCUCUAGGUUGGAUUAAGCUAAACAUCUAUGGGAUCGGUACAGAAGGUGAUCAGCCAGGACGAUAUAGUGGCGUCUUUCAAGACGAAACUGGAAUGUGUUUAGGUAGGUAUAGUGGUGCCAUUCAUGUUGAAGAUAAUGUGAUUGCUGGACUGGAGGCCUUGAGGCAUGGGUUAGUCAGAUGUGUGGAAGGAAAGCCGAAUGCACAUAAGUUGAUUGUGGAGUCAGAUAAUGUUAUACUUGUCCAAUAUGUCAAUGGUCACCCUGAGCCAAAUGAAAUAACCAUGAAUAGGUUGAAAGAAAUUUUUGACAUGCUGGAGCGUGUAACUUGUGCAAUUUACCAUGUGUAUGAAGAAGCCAAUAAAGCUGCUAGAGACUUGGCUAUGAGACAUGAAUGUCACAAUCGUGCAUAGAUAGCUUUGUUUUCGGCUCAAGGGGUAGGGUGAAGUUUUCCUGGUUCAAUUAGGUUUUCACAUGUAAUUUGCAUUUUAUGGCAAGUGGUAUUGCAGCAGACUGAUGCAAACACGGUCCCUGACAGUACACAUCACAGAGCAGACACUUCUGUGUAUGUCCGACUUCUCAUACAGGUUUUUUUUUGUUUGUCAAGUGAUGAUGGAUGCAACAUUUGAAAAAGCAAAAAAGAAAGAGAGGAAAACAAAUGCAUUCCCGAGACAAAGGCAAGCCCUAUAUGUUAUCUAAUUUGUGCAAAGCGAAGCAAUUUUUUUGAUCUGUGUUAAUGUUCACUGGAGUGUAUUUAGUCAUCUUUGUCUAUUUAAUUUGGUGAUAUUACACUAUUUGAACUAAAGGUUUCAGCCCAAGAAUGAAGAUUAUGUACCUUGUUUCAUGA